UACCAUUAACUUGAAACUUCGGACCCGAGCGGCGCAGGUCAACCUCUCACGUGUUUAUUUCAUCCGUGAAACGCACUGAAAUGGGAAUUGAAGUGAGCGAUCGUGCAGGUUCGGUCGCGUUCGAAUGACGUGUGCGCUUCCCUUCCGGCCUGAACCAGUAGUGCAAAUGUCCUGUAUUCAUCUGGAGCGGAUUUCUUUUGGACCUCGUUCGGCAUGGAGAUUUCAUUCAAAGGCAAACACGCUCUGGUCACCGGAGCAGGAAAAGGGAUCGGCAGGGCCACGGCCCGAGCGCUGGCACGUUAUGGGGCGAAGGUCACAGCGGUCACGCGCACGCAGUCUGACCUGGACAGCCUGGUGCAGGAGUGUCCGUCCGUCGUCCCGGUGUGCGUCGACCUGGCAGACUGGGAGGCCACAGAGGCGGCCAUCAGAGACGUAGGCCCCGUUGAUCUGCUCAUCAAUAAUGCUGCAUGUGCCAUGCUCCAGCCAUUUCUGGAGGUCACGCCUGACCAAUUUGACCAAUCCUUCGCUGCGAACGUGAAAGCAGCGCUGCACGUGUCGCAGGUAGUGGCCCGCGGGAUGCUCGGCAGACGAUCGGGAGGCUCCAUCGUCAAUGUGUCCAGCCAGGCGUCGCGGUGCGCCCUCAAAGAUCACACUGUCUACUGUGCCACCAAAGCAGCGCUGGACAUGUUGACGAAAGUCAUGGCUCUGGAGCUCGGACCCCAUCAGAUUCGCGUGAACAGCGUGAACCCCACCGUCGUGAUGACCGAAAUGGGCCGUCGCGGCUGGAGCGACCCCGAGAAGGCCGAGGCCGUGACAUCCCGCAUCCCGCUGGGCCGCUUUGCAGAGGUGGAUGAAGUGGUGAACAGCAUUUUGUUCCUGCUGAGCGACAAGAGCGCGAUGACGACUGGAGUGUCUCUGCCAGUGGAUGGCGGCUUCCUGGCCUGCUAAACCCGCACCGCGUCAGCAGCAACUCUUUACCGCUCCCGUUUCAUCUCUUUUUCGGUUGGAGCCUUUCAUUUCGUUUGCCACGUCUGCGCCGCCGUGCCGCUCGAUUUGACCCGUAUUUGUAUCCUUAUGCGUGCCGGGGAUGCAGUAAAAUAGCGUGACUAAAGUCUCACACAGUGUGCUUAGCGGGGUGUAGCAAUACCAAAAUGAAUAUUAAAAGUGAAGCGCAUGCAAAGGUCUGA